CCUUCAUGGCUACCGCGAGGUUCCUCUCGCGCCUGCCCGGCCGGCUUGGCCUCAGGGGCUGCCUUCUCGCGAGGGGAGGCUCGGCUCGUUUACCGACAGCCGCCCUCUGGGCCUUAUCUGGCCCCGGUUGGGACCACGGCCCUCCCCGCCCGGCGGGACCAAGGCAACGGCCCACCCGCGCCUUCUCCGCCGCGGCUUUGGUGCGAGCAGCGCCGGGUCCACUUCAGCCCUAUUUGCGCCUCAUGAGGCUCGACAAGCCUAUUGGGACGUGGCUGCUGUAUCUACCCUGCACCUGGAGUAUUGCCCUGGCAGCUGAGCCAGGCUGUUGGCCGGCCUGGGAUAUGUUGCUACUUUUUGGUACCGGUGCAUUGCUGAUGCGUGGAGCAGGAUGCACAAUUAACGACAUGUGGGAUCGGGAGUAUGACAAAAAGGUGACAAGAACAGCAAGUCGGCCACUGGCAGCUGGAGAGAUCUCAAGUUUUCAGUCCCUUGUGUUUCUUGGGGGACAGCUUAGUUUGGCGUUAUGUGUCUUAUUAUGUUUAAAUUAUUACAGUAUUGCCUUAGGAGCCGCCUCGUUAUCUCUCGUGGUGACUUACCCACUCAUGAAGAGAAUAACAUACUGGCCACAGUUAUUCUUGGGCCUUGCCUUUAACUGGGGCGCUUUACUUGGCUGGUCAGCUGUCCAAGGCUCUUGCAACUGGUCCGUUUGCUUGCCACUGUACUUCUCAGGAGUUCUGUGGACACUCAUAUAUGACACUAUUUAUGCUCAUCAGGAUAGAAGAGAUGAUCUUGCCAUAGGUGUGAAAUCAACGGCACUCAAAUUCAAUGAAAACACCAAGUUGUGGCUCAGCGGCUUCAGCACUAUGAUGCUUUUAGGACUUACUGUGACAGGAAUUAAUUGUGACCAGACUUUCCCAUACUAUGCAGCAGUAAUGGCAGUGGGCUUCCACUUGGCUCAGCAGAUACACACUUUGGAUAUUCAUAAUCCUGAAGAUUGUUGGAAAAAGUUCAUUUCUAAUCGCACACUAGGAUUCCUGCUUUUCUCAGGGAUUGUACUUGGAAACUUGUGGAAAAGCAAAAAUCCAGAAGAGCUGAAGAAACCUUUAGAGAGUAAUUCAAAGGAGACAAAUCUGUUUCGUAGAUAGGAAACGAACAUGAGUUUUUAAAAAACUGCACACAUUAUUUAUAAUUUAGUUCUUAUUAAAAGAAAAUAUUUUGAGAAGACAGUAUUUUCAUGUGUAUAAACUAUGGUCUCAGCUAUUUUGAGCUCUUUCUUUACUCUUCUGAGUAGAGAUUGGCAGUUCGUCCUGGUUCGUUUAUCACCGCAACAGGUAUUGAGUGGUAAGGCACUUUGCCCCCUCCAGCAGGCAUCCGCUCAGAAGCCAUGUCCGGAAGAGGCAGGGCAGGGAAGCUUCGGAUGAUGCUUCCGGAGGGAAGGGACAGGGCACCGAACUGCCGAACAUUUGUUGUGGCCCUAAAUAAACUGUUUCUACGUCCGAGAGAAAAACUGGUGGGGAAAGCAUCCAUGCUGUAACUCUAAGAUUGUACAAUUAUAGUGGGUGUGAGACAAUUAUGUAUAUAAAGGAACUGUGAAAGAUAA